AUGGCGCAAUAUGGCGUCGUCCUCGACGCCGGUUCCUCAGGAACCCGUGUGUAUAUUUACAAGUGGAAGAACCACGCCGCCGCCGUGAAGGAUGCCUCCGUCACGCAGCUCAAGACCCUCCCCAAGAUCAAGCUCAAGGAAAGCAAGAAGAUUCACCCCGGUGUCUCGACCUUUGCCGACAAACCCUCCGAAAUUGGUGUCAACCAUCUCGCCGACCUGAUCAAGAUCGCCCUCGACGAAGUCCCCGCCGAUAAGGUCUCCGAGACGCCCAUCUACCUCAUGGCCACAGCUGGCAUGCGUCUGCUACCGAAGCCGAAGCAAACAGCCCUUCUCCAGUCCAUGUGUACAUACCUACAAGCGAGUACCAAGUUCAUCCUCCCCGACUGCAAUGCCCAUAUUCAGGUCAUUUCCGGCGAAACCGAGGGUCUAUACGGCUGGAUCGCGGCCAACUACCUGCUCGGUGGCUUCGAUCAUCCUGAAGAGCAUGAUCAUGGCAAGAACCACCACACAUAUGGCUUCCUCGACAUGGGUGGCGCGUCCGCCCAGAUCGCCUUUGCGCCGAACGCGACCGAAUCCGAAAAGCACUCGAACGAUCUGAAGCUUGUCCGCAUGCGGACACUCGAUGGCUCUCCUGCCGAGUACAAGGUCUUUACUGCGACUUGGCUCGGCUUUGGAGCCAAUGAGGCUCGUAACCGUUAUGUUGAGAGUCUGUGGGAUCAGUACGGUGGAAAGACGAUCCAGGAGGUUCCUGAUCCGUGUAUGCCUGUUGGUCUAACAACUACCUUGAGAGGUGACUACGUCGAGGGUAAGGUUAAUGAGCCAGUUCUGGUCGGCACCGGAAAAUUCGACGAAUGCCUGAGCGUCACAUACCCUCUCCUCGGCAAGGACAAGCCAUGCCCGGAUCAGCCCUGCUUGGUUAACGGCCAACACGUACCGGGCAUUGAUUUCGAUAUCAACCACUUUGUUGGAGUUUCUGAGUAUUGGCACACAACACAUGGCGUUUUUGGUGGAAAGCAUACGGCGUACGACCUCGCCUCGUACCAGUCCAUUGUCCACGACUUUUGCACCAGUGAUUGGUCGGAUAUCGAGAGCGAGCUGGAAAAGCGCAAGAAGUCGCCGGAGAAGAAGGCUGAGGAGGCUCGCGCCGCAUGCUUCAAGGCCUCCUGGCUCAUCAACAUGCUGUACGACGGCAUCGGUAUUCCUCGAGUCGGUUUGGAAGGUGGUCACGGAAAUAGCACUGCCAAAGAGACGGACAAGAUGGAGGAUCCCUUCAAGCCGGUGGACAAGAUCGAUGGCAUCGAACUGAGCUGGACACUGGGAAAGAUGGUCCUGUACGCUGCCGGCCAAGUCCCUCCUCAAGGCACAGCGUUGCCUGUUGGCUUCGGUACCAAUGUGGAAAAGGGAACGCCUGACGAUUUCGAGCACGCUGGUUCUGUUCCGAUUGGCUCUCAUACUGGCGACGACGACGAUGACGAUCUGGACGACAUCUUGAAGAAGCCCGGAUCCUCUACCACCGGGAUUGUUGCAUUCGUGUUUGUUCUUCUUUUGGUGGCUUAUCUUCUCCGCAAGCCUGAACGAAGAAGAAAGAUAUUCGGCAUGGUGCACCGUCGCAAGCGUUCUGGAAGGCCCGGUCGCUCUCUGGCCAGCAAGCUUUUCGGAAGGAAUUCGUUGGGAUCGUAUGAGAGGGUCAUGGAGGAGGGUGAUCUUUCCGACUUUGAGCUUGGCGAUGUCGACUCGGACGAAAACGACCACUCCGAUAGCAGCAGCAAUGGGUCCCGGAAAGGACGGGCGUCUGGUCUGGCAACACCCAGCAUCGGCCUAGGACAACCUGGGGAUCUCCUACGACCUCCCUUGGCAAUGGACCGCGCUGGACUUGUGAUUCGAACUGAGAGCCGGGAAAGACUAUCGCCAUCCUUGUUGAGCGCCGGGCGAAAGAGUCGGAAUGUCAGCCCAACACGGACCAAGAGCCCAUUCAUGACUCCGUUACAAGAGGACUGA